GAUCAAGAUAACUGGACACCCUUCAAUCUACUCGUGUAGGAGUGGCGCUUAGUCUCCAGGACGCCGAGGCGGGAAGCCAAACCGGCGGUGGCCACCAGAUCUGGGAACCCAGCGACCACCACGGUAGAUCCGCGUGAGGGUUGGACGGCCACCGGAUCUAAGCACAAACGAACCAAACAAACAGAAAAACAGAAAAAAAAACACAAGAAAAGGACCACCAGAAGGGAUCCCAAAAGCCGACAGACCACCCAGGGGUCAUCGGAGCAGGGAGCACGUAACCGGCUCCAGGAGGCUUGAGCAGCCGGAGAGCCCGGCAGCUCAAGCGGCAAAACACUCGGAAAGCCCAAGGGCUUCCGAGUUCAAAAAAGGGGACGCUGAGUGAGGUCACAUAAUCCAAAAAAUAAAAUCCAUCCACCCUAACUCAAAAAAUCUAGCUACACAUAAAUAAAUUUUGGACAGCCAUAGAUGGGAAACACCAGCAGAGAAUCAUUGUAAAAAAAAUCAAAUUAAGAGUGAAUAAAACCAGUCCCACGAACACAGCCAAUCUGCAACUUCACGAUGGCGUGCUGUGCAGAUUUCUCGACCCACGCUGGCGGAGAAGAGAAACAGACAGCGGCGGCGGCAGCGUCUUCUUCGUCAUCUCCCUCUGCAGAAUUUUGUGAAGCAACACCGGAGAAAAGAGAGAAAACAAAGCCUGGCUCAGUCUUUGGGGCGACGACCCUCUGCAAAAUUUCUCCCCAAAAAACCCAGCUUGGUCGGCGGCGUCUCUCCCUCCUCUUCGCAGAGAUUCCAUAUUCCACUAGAGCUUUUGACCCUUUUGGGCCUGGUAUGGUAUCAGCCUAGUUCUCUUUUUCUUCUUUUUUGUUUUUUUCUUUCUUCAAUUGUUUUCUUUUUCUUUCUAGUCCAUAUUCGGCUUUUGACCUUUUUGGGCCUGGUAUGCUACCAGCUCAGUUCUCUUUUUCUUCUCUUUUUUUUUUUUUCUUUUCUUUCUUCGCACAAUUUGCCCAGCCUCCUGUGUUGUCAAAAGUCAAAACCGUGCAUUCCAGCUGAAAAUCUGUCUUGAAGCUGAGUGAACUGGGUUGAGCUCAUAAAAGAUAAAUUAUAAC